GGAGACUGGAGCUGUCAAAGAAAAACAGAACCAGGCCCCAUGUUACUAUCUUUCUGCCAAAAGCUUCGUAUUUUGAGAGGUUCGGUUUGAGACUAGAACGUCUAAAUGUGCCUGGGAUUAUUUUAGCUUUAGCUUAGCAUUUUGUCCAGCGCAAUCUCGGUAUUGUGAAACCGAAAGUAGGGGGAUACGAUCUCCUGUGGGAAGCAUGGAACUGACUUAUUCAUGGCUUCAAGUGUCAGAAUCAGGCGAACCAUGGAAUUUAAGAGUAAAUGUGAACUGUAGAUACGUUGAAUAGACUUAGGAGUCGCUAAAAAACAGUGUUUAUCUCCAAUAUUCAGCGGGAAACUUUUAAAAUAUGAAGAAUUCUAAACAGAGCUUAGUGGAUUUGUGACAGCGGCCGCUCUUCUGAUUCAGGAAGCCGGGGAUCAUGAGUAAUAUCCACCGCUGUGUUUUUGGCAUUUUGUCCAGCGCCAUUUUGUUUUUUUGAAUAUUAACCAUAUUUGGAAGAACAGGGGUGGAGCCUCACUGAGAGCGCGAAUGCAUGCACAUCUAACCUGCACCCAUUGGACGGUAUUAACUGUCAAUCCCAUGGUAUCCAUGUCUAUGUCCAUUAUUAUACACAGUUUAUACACGUACAGUUUGCACUUGAUUUAUAAUUUUGAGAUAAAAGAGUCAUUUGAAGGCUGGAAUGACAUUGGGGGGGGGCCCAGGUCCCUUUUGCCUGAGGCCUCCAGAGUCCCUUCUAAAGCUCAUGAGUGCUAUCAGCCCGUUUGACUUUGCCACUGCACUGAGUUCAGAAACCCCCUGUGGGUGUGGUCCACUCUGCCAGCAAAUAAUUAUUAACCCUGUUCAAAUUAUCCAAACGAUUAAAUCCACUCAUGCAUGAUUAGAAACAAUCUGACCAAAACCAAAACUGCACCGAUCCUCCAAACACAAUUCCGGUGUUUUUAAUAACAGGAUGUGUGCGACACACGCUCAUGCAGGCAACACAAUGUGUGUGUGUGUGUUUGUGGCAAACAGCAUGUGGUCGUAGGAGGAUGAGAGGGAGAGAGACCUUCCAUGACUCAGACCUGGUGUAAAUAUGAGUGCACGUGUCUGGGUAUUGGCUGUGUGUGUGUGUGUGUGUGUGUGCGUGUGCGUGUGUGCAUGAAUGACCAUCGCUUUAUGACUGGCAGACUUCAGGCUCGGAGUUCCUGGGAAGGAACACAAUAAUAAAACCACGUGGGGAUCUUAUAAAACAUUUUCCACGUUUUAAUUUUAGCGGUGGUGAACUGUAACCAAGUAUUUUUACUCAAGUACUAUAUUUAAGUAUAACUGUAAGGGUUAGAGUACUUUUUAAUCCAUUACAGUCUUUAUUCGUGUCGUGAAUCCAUUUUUCAUUUGUUGAUUUUAAUGUUGCUUUCCAUUUGCAUUAUUCAAUGUGCAACACUGAUAAACUCGCCUGGCUGGUCAGAUACUUAAAAUAAGCACUAAUAUAAAAACAGCAGCCGUUCUGCUAUCUAUAGCAAGUGUUACUUAAUUCAAUAAUGUUGCUGAUAAAACUUCUAUAGCCUUUAAGUAGCUUCAUUCCCUGUUGUUUACGGAGUAGGUUAAAUCAUGUGUUGACCCAGUGACCACUUGAAUAUGCACUUACUAAUAGUACAUUUGUGGAAUAUGACUGUUUGCCUGUUCUUAUAAUUUCCCAGUUUCUAUAGAGGCUGGAGUUCCAUGGCUCUGUUAUAUGACUAUAUGACUGUUGACAUACCAGUGAAAAGGCGUGAGAUGUCCACGCUGCAGUGUCAGUGCGCCCUGCAGGUGUUUGUUGACUGACUGUUGUCAACCUGUCCGGGUGUAUGUCUUGAAUCAUGCUUUCCCCCACGUACAAAAGAUAAGGAUCUUAUUGGUGGAGGGCGUGCGCGCUCCGCCUAUAAAUACGCACGGAUGCUUGGAGCAGAGCAGGAGUCUGUGGUGGCUGCAGCGGAGCGCACAGGGUCCAGUUCGCCGCCAGCAGGUGCUUUACUCUCGGUGGGGUCAGCUGUUCGCUCCGGGACACUCAGAUCAGACCGACAUGUCUCCAUCAGGACGUCCCCACAAGGUGCGGCUGGUGCUCCUCGGAGCAGCGGGGGUCGGCAAGAGCGCGCUCAUCCGCCGCUUCCUCCACAACCGCUUCGAGCACAAGUACCUGCGCACGGUGGAGGAGCUCCACGUGCUGGAGUACGACACCGCGGACUCCGCCAAGAUGCGGCUGGAGAUCCUGGACACCAGCGGCAGCUACUCCUUCCCGGCCAUGCGGGAGCUCUGCAUCCGACACAGCGACGCCUUCGCCCUGGUGUACGCGGUGGACGACCCGGCCUCCUUCCAGGAGGUGCGCCGGCUCCGCGACGAGAUCCUGGAGCUGCGGGGCGGCAAGAGCGCGCCCAUCACCGUGGUGGGCAACAAGUCCGACCUCACCGAGGCCGAGGGGCGAGCGCUGCUGGCGGCCGACGUCAUGUCCACGGUGGAGGGGGAGUGGGACGCGAACUUCGUGGAGGCGUCCGCGCGCACAGGUGGGAACGCGGUGGGGGUGUUCCGCGCGCUGCUGCAGCAGGUGGACAUGCCGCACCGGCUGAGCCCCGCGCUGAACCGGCGCAGAGACACGCUGCCCCGGCCCGCAGUGAAGAGGAGGCCCCCGCUGAGGAAGAACAACAGCUGCGUGCUGUCAUAGACCCGAGGAAGGACUCCGCAGCUGGUCUGCUCGUGUCCAGAUGUUGCUGCUGGUCAUCACCUGCACGUUGGAGUCAACAUGAACUUAUGAGACUCUCCGGAGUCUGGACAGUUAUGGUCGCGUGCGCACAUGUCAUGCACUUUGUGUAUAUAUUUACAGUUAUGUCAAUAAAAACUGCUUUUGUGA